AUGAGUGGUAAAAAAAAAUCCCACAUAAACUUCAAAAAUACCGGCGACGGCCGGGAGCCAAGGACUCGAAGUGAGAAAUCUACGAUUGAAUAUCAUGACGAGAAGGUCAAAAAGCUCGAAGCAGAUCUUACAAAAUUACAACACGCGAAAGAUCAGGGCAUGUUCGCUGAAGACGACGAAAAGCAAAUGUCAUCCAUACGUGCAGAACUAGAGAAGUACAAUAGCGCUAUGACCCAAGUGAAUAUAAAUACCGCCACACGACCCGAGUCUAGCGCGGCAGCGGGACAGCAAGCGGCACAACAGAAUGCGACCGAACAAAAUGCGGCCGAACAAAAUGCGACCAUGCAAGAUGCAACAGAACAGAAUGCAACCAUGCAAAAUGCGAGCGGACAAGAUGCGACCAUGCAAAAUGCGACAGCCAACGCGCCAAACCCUGGAACGACACAUGCAAACGCUCAAAAAAGUCCUUCACAAAAAGGAGAGAUUAAAAGAGAGCAUGCUGAAGAGUCAAAAAUGCCUACUCAAAGGCUUGUGGAUGAUCUCGGUAUGGCAUGGGAUGUGGACGUCAAUAAUACUUGUGUCGAUCCCUCGCUGCAGGGUCAGGAAAAGUCAGCCAUUGGUCACAUUAUGAGGACCUCUCAAGCUCGCUUCUGCGUUACAUAUGGGUCUAAGGCUCGUAGCGCUCGUUUCGAAUCGAGCCUCCCACAUGGGUCCCAAUACCAGGGAAGCAGAGAUGUUACCAAAGGCAGCAACCGAAUCGUCGAGAAAAUUGUGAACUUUCAUAAAGGAAACAAAGAGCCAUUGCCGAUGGAUAUACUGAGCAAAGUGCAUAUUCUAUUAGUUUACUGGGACUCUAAGAUGGGAGUCGGACACGCCGCCGAGGUUGACGUACUAGCUCCCAAUUAUGGCAAAAAACGGCCUCACACCCGCUGCUUCAUCUAUCUGGAUCCCGAGCUCUAUAAAACAUACGACCUUGAAAAUAAGACCGGCUACAGCCAUGAAACUAGGUCAAUAAUGAAACCUCUUCAGGAAGGGAAUGACGACUGGCAAAAGUCCAUUGCUUUUCAUAAUAUUGCGGUUAGGCUUGAGAAUAAAUUUGAGAAAGAGUGCAUGGUCGGGGUGCCAGGCAGGCCUGGGCCACUCCGUGAGUUGGUUCAGGAGAGAAAAGUGGUGUCCAGCAGGAGCAGAUCGCGGUAUGCCACUGCUGAGCCGUCAGAAAGCAUGUCGCGGUAUGCUACUGCUGAGCCAUCAGAAGGCUGGUCGCGGCAGGCCACUGUUGCACCGUCAGAAGGCUGGUCGCGGCAGGCCACUGUUGCACCGUCAGAAGGCUGGUCACGGCAGGCCACUGUUGCACCGUCAACAACCGGUUCGCAUUUUGACAUCCCUCCAACCUCACCACGCCAGCCUACAGAUCUACCAAGAACGCGACACAAACAGACUCCUACUACAGUAAAAACUGGGACCUCUUUGAAGCAACGGUUCCAUAUGGAAUUUCUGGAACUUUUUGAUCUAGCGGACAAUGUUACUUACUAUUUUCUCUUUGGGGACAGAAUUAUGGCUUUUCCACCAGGGUUUAAAAUGAUUGCAGGAGAUGCGAGCAAGCUAAAUAUCUCUGUCCCACCUCCUGACACGCCGCAAUCCUUGUGGGGUCCGGAUGAAAAAAAACCAGAAGCGCUCGCUGAAAAAGCUAUUGGGUUCAAUUGUCUAAACUAUGGUGGCUCUGCUGAAGGGGCUUUGACCCGUCAUCUGCUUCCGAAUAAGUCCUUCAUUGAUUCAAACUGCGAGGAUGGCCUUCGCCUUGAGCUGAUGUUUCCUUCAUGCUGGAAUGGCAUUUCUCUUGACGCCGACGACCACAAGUCCCACGUAGCCUAUCCAGAUCUUGUUAUGGAGGGUGUAUGUCCUGCAGAGUACGAGACACGCAUUCCGGCUCUGUUCUUUGAAACGAUCUGGAAUACUUCAGUCUUUCGUAACAUCUCCGGGCAUUUCCUACUCAGUAACGGCGACCAAACAGGCGAUUGGCAGCUGCACAAAUCUAUCGGGCUUGAUUGA